CACACUCGAACAUAACUGGGGGCCCCAACCGAGCUGUGAGCGAGUCGAUAGGUUUCUAAGAGAUGAAGCAGAGCUUCAAGGAUUGGAAAUCCAUCUUCCCGUACGCGCCCCCGAGGUCCAGAGUGCGGGGGGAUGGCCGUUUCAUCCAAUGAGCAUAAGCUUUCGACGUGCGGCGAUAUCGAGUAUCUCUCCGGGCUUUGAGCUGAACUGCAGUAUAAAUUGUGAAUUGCGUUUGCUUGACCGUUGAUCUACAAAAGGUACUCCGGGUACUUGAAUUCCACAGGCCGGACGUUGUGCCAACACUUCGAACGUUUGUCAAUUAAAAAUCGGUCACCAUGGCUUCCUGGAGCGAAAAGAUAUGCGAUCUUCCACCGAACAGGCGGCAUAUAGCCACACACAAUGCAGAAGGGAAAUCGGUGUACGUGUCUUCGGCACCGCCGCAGGUCUACGUCAACACCGGAGGACCGGGCUUGGCUCAUUCGUACUCGAUCGCCGCCGUUCCGGUCAAGAUGGAGAACGACGCCGAUCUGAAGGCGUAUCUGAGCGAGGGGCAAGUGAACAGCCAGAAGAGCACGCACAUUGUGGUUCCCGAGACGCCGGAGACGCCGAACGGAGCGAACCUCCUAGUGGUGGAUCUCCCGCCAGGAGCUGUAAGCGGGAUGCACAGGACGCUGAGCAUCGACUUCAGCAUCUGCGUGAUUGGAACGAUCAUCCACGAGCUCGACAGCGGCGAGAAAGUCGUACUUAAGCCCGGCGAUCAUAUCGUGCAGCGAGGAACGAUGCACAAGUGGCACAACGCGUCUGACACCGAGCCGGCCAGGUUCGUCGCCGUCACGCUUCCGGCAGUGCCAUUCCCGCUUCCGGGCACUGGCGAGAUGCUGAGGGAAAUCCACGUGCCGAACACGAACACAAAACUCUAGGCUAGCGCCUAAGCUACCUUCUCUAUGUGAUAUUGAAUGAAAGAAGAAUAUUUUUGAACAAGGUUAAAUGAAG